AUGUCGGGGCUCUCGCAGGAUGACUUCCGGCGCAUCAUGGACACACCGCUGCCGGUGCAUGGGAACGCACCCCGCGUCCUAUCGGGGCUACCGCGGCAGGUCAAGCGCAGCAUGACGAACGACGAGCGCAAGGCUAAGUACAAGAAGCUCAAGACCGAGCCGGCAGCGGACAAGCCCAAGCAGCCCAAGCUCGACCCGACGUACCAAGGCAAGUACCGCGACCGCGCCGCCGAGCGCCGGUCCGGCGGCGAUGUAGAGACCCUUGACGUGACGCCGGCGCCCGCCAACCUCGUCGACCCAGAAAUCGCCAAGCUUGUGGCCAAGCCGGCGCUUCCAGCCAACUUGGAUCUCUCGCUGCUCUCGAAGCUAAAGCAAGAGAAGGCCAAGCUGCAGCAGCAAGUGCAGGCGCUGACCAAACCGACGACGUCACUUUUGCCGCCGCCCGUGCCGACCAAGGCUGCGUCCCGCAUGGCGCAGGCCAUCAAGUACCUCCUCCAGCCAUCGUCGACAGCAUCGCGCUCGUCCGACCUCUUUCUACCCGGCCGCCUCUCGUAUGCGUUCAAUCUGCUCGCGCCAGACGUAGACGCGCUGCCCCAGCUCGUGCAGCGGAGCAAGGACGACUGCCCACGCCGGUCCAAGCACGCCCCGCUCGCCGGCUACCUCCCCCAAUCACUCGUACUCGAGGUCGAAGACUGUCUCUUGGCCGCGGAAGGCAAGCGCCAUCGGCCCAAGCAGGUCGUGCCAACGUCGCCGCCCCCGACAGCCGCCCCCGUCCACGUCGCGUCCACGGUCGACGACGACGACGACGACGAAGAUAUUUUUGGUGACGUGGGCGAGUACAUUCCGCCGGGCAUGCGUCCGGAGGAUGGUGUUGGCACACAUGCGGUGGCCAAGGGCGAGAUCUUCAAGGAUCUCAGCGCAACGCUGACGGCCAAGGCCGCGAUGGAAGCCGCCAAGGAAAAAGCGGCGGCGACAGCGCUCGCCGAGUCGAUUGCGCGGGCCAAGAAGGCGCACCAGCGCGCAGCCGAGCGCGACGAGCUCCUCGAAAAACACGCGCGGCUGCAAAAGAAGCUCGACGGCGAGGACGAGUACGGCGAGUGCUUCCCCGACUACGAAGAGGACAAGAAGGGUGACGAGCCCGACGUCGACAAGAAGUGGAAGGCCAAGGUGCAGCAAAAGGAGGCCAAGUUUGAGCGCGAGCUCGCCAAGGUCGAAGAAAUCAUGAAAAAAGGCCCCAAGACGCCCAAGCCCCCGCGAUCUUCUGGCAACGACGACGAGAACGACGACGUCUAG